UAUUAUUCACCUGACGAACAUGGCCGCUGAUGAUUGAAGGAUACCUUGGAUCUCUUGUGAUUUCUUAACUUGAGCAAUAAACAUGCGCUUUUUGAAGAUUUCAUUAUAGAAUAUGUGAACGAACAUCUUUAUGAAGCGAUAAAUUGGAAAGUAGCACUCUAAACCAUGCUGAAGUGGUUUUCCAAUGAAGAGGGCGGGCCUGGCCAGGGAGCGCUCGGUUCCCCCCAGGGUGGUGGUGCUGGAGGAGGAGAAGGAGGCCAGUCAGCCCUGGUGGAGGUGGCGGAGCGGCUGGCCCAGACAGAGCAGCUGGUGGCCCAGCUGAAGGAGCUGAUCCGGGAGAAGGAUGGCUCACUGCGCACCAAAGACGAGCAGCUCAAGGCAGAGAAGCAGGCGUGUGAGGCCAAGCUGUCCAAGAUGCGUCUCCAGAACAAAGCCAAGGUCACCUCCCUCAGCGCCCAGCUGGAGGAGCUGAAGAAAGGAAGUGCUGCCGGGGGUGGAGCUGGGGGCCAGGGGACUCCCACCCAUGGCAAGAAGGGAGGUGCAGAGGGAGGCGAGCAGGCCAGCCGUGGGAAGAUCCUCCUCCUUAGGAAGAAGGUGGAGGAUCUGGAGCAUCAGCUGUCACAGAGAGAUGAGGAACUGGGAGUCAAGUCACGAGAGCUGGAGGCCCAGAGGCAGCGUGGCGCAGACAUGGACGCCAUGCUGGUGGAGCGAAACAGGAAGCUGUCAGAGAAGGAGGCCUACAUAGUCCACCUGCAGACGGGCAUGGCCACCGGAGAGCAGACGGCCACGCCUCCAGCCGAACCCGACACGGAGCAGAAGGCGUUGCCGGAGGAGAGCGGAGCGGACUCCCUGGCGGAGCUGCAGCUGCUGGUCCUAAGCCUGACCAGGAAGGUGGGUGAGGGUGAUGAGCGCUACAGCCUGCUGCAGGAGCAGACCGAGAGCCUCAAGGAGCUUCUAGUCACAGAGAAGGCUGCCUUCGAGGACAAGGAGAACAUGUACAAGCAAAACAUCCAGACGUUUAAAGACAUCAUUCUGCAGAAAGACAACAAGCUAACAGAGGUCAACCAGAUGCAUGAACAGGAGCUCUUCAAGUUGGCCGCCAAGUCUGACGCCAGCGCUGAUCUGGAACAGCUACUGAAGGCUCUGAAACAGAAACUACAUGAGAAGGAGGAGGUGCUGCAGGGUAAAAACCAGGUGAUUGAUGUCCUCCAGGGGGAGGUGGACUCCAGAGACCAGCAGAUCAAGGACCUGGUGGAGCGGGCGCGUCGGCUGCAGGUGGAGCGUGAGAGCCUCGGGUCCAAGAUGGAGGCUGAGAAGCACGUGAUGCGAGCUCAGCUGCGUGACCUCUUGGAGAAGCAUCAGGGCGAGCUGCGCCGUGCCGCCGAGUUCCACGAGGCCCAGCUGGCCGAACGGGAGCAGGCACUUCGCGGGCAGCUACAGGAGGAGCUGGGAAGGACCCCUGCUGCUCUGCAGUCCCAGACGCAAGCAGGGAGUGGCGGGGAGGCGGUGGCCGGAGAAACGCCGCCGGUGGAUUCUCCAGCCACUGUCCAGAGGAUGAACGAGCUGGAAGCACAAGCCAAGCUGAAAUCGGAGGAGGCCAGUCAAUCGGAAGCCAAGUUCCUAAAGGUGAAAGCCUGGUCCAAGUCUCGUAUCCGACAGCUGGAGGACGAGCUGAGGAAAAGCCAGUCUGGCAGCGUGGGCCCUGACGUGACGUCCCUGCGGAGCCGCAUCACGGAUCUGGAGGAGGAGCGGGAGGAGACGCUGUGGAAGCUGGAGCAGUAUGACGAGAUCAAGGCCAAGAACGAUGUGCUGGAGGCCAAGCUGGUGGUGUACGAGGAGCAGCAAAGGAAGAUGGCCGCCGACCUGGAGCAGGUCACCAAGAGGGCCGCCUCUCAGGCCAGCGAGUCGGGCAGCGCCGACGACGCCCAGAGCCAGGUGCUGGACUGGCAGGAGAUGGUGUCGGAGGCUGUGACGACCAGGGACCGUGCCCGCGAGGAGAAGGCCACCAUGGCCCUGCGCAUGAGCCACAUGGAGGAGGAGAGAGAGGCGCUGGCCAGCCGGCAGCAGGAGUUGGAGGAGGAGCUGGUGCAGGCCCGGGGACUCACAGGGCUACAUAGGGGUGGCAAGAAGCUGGGAGGCACCGCCCACCAACACAGCCUGCAGGAGGACUUUGAGUUUGAUGGCAAGCAGGCGUUCCACCAGGACCCGCGCAGUGGCGGAUCUGAGAGCACCACCCCGAUGGAGGAGGAGGGGGAGAACAUGGGAGGUUGGUGGCCUGAGUACACUUCCCCCAACACAGGUGGCCUGCGGUCGGUAGUGGAGGAGUUGGAGCUGGAGAGGAACCAGCUGCAGGAGCAGAUCCUUGGGCUGGAGGACCGCUGUCAGGACCUGGAGGACCGGCUGCAGCUGCAGGCUCGCAUCGAGUCGCUACAGAACGAGUCCGAGAGACUACAGGGUCAACUGGCCAGCCUCCGGAGCCAGCAGAGCAGGGAUGCAGAGAAACACCAGCUCCUGGUCGCCAGCCUCAACGAGCAGCUCAAAGGACUGAGCGACACCCAAGAGUGCCUGGAAACGUCGCUUAUAGAGAAGGAGAACACAUUAGUCAAGACCUCUGUGAAACUGGAGCUCAUCGACAGCCUCCGAGAUUCUCUCAAGGAAAAGGAGGCGAAGCACAAAGAGGUCUCUGACAAGCUGCUUCAGUCUGAGGACAAUCUCACUGAAGUUUCCACAAAAUGCAAUACCAUUGAAAGACAGUGUUCAGAACUGAAGACAGCGGUUGCAGAUCUCACACAUAAGCUGAGUGUGCUUAAAGAGAAGACACAGAAACAAGAGGCCACAAUAGAGACUCUUCAAAACGACCUGGAUCAGACGAACGAUGAACUGGACAAGUUGAACACCACACAUCUGGAAGAAAGGGCUAAGCUGAUCCACGACCUUCAGAGCUGCGAACGGGAGAUCGAUAACCUCAGAGACGUCCUCUCCGACAAGGACAAGGAGAUCUUAGCCCUUUCGGGCAACAUGGCAGAGCACGCAGAGCAGAUCAUGGUGCUGAAGCAGGAGAUCAAGCUCAAGGAGGAGGACCUGGUUCGCAUCGAGACAGCCCUCAUCAAAUCGGAGCGGGAGGCACAGAUCAUCAGAGACUCUCAGAACUCAGACCAGCAGGCUCUGAACAACAGGACGGCAGAGCUGGUGGAACAUCUGAAGGAUGCAGAGACUGAGCUGAGCAAGGCCAAAGAGGAGAAGGAUUCGAGGACAGUAGAGGUGGAGGACCUGAGGAAGCAAGUGGAAGAGGACAAGCGGACCAUCCUGGAACUUCGCGGGGAGAUCCAGAAGCAGAACGUGGGCCAUCGUAAUCAUCUCUUGGAGUGCGAAACUCAGAUCUCUUCACUAAAGGAGCAGGUGACUGUUGCUUCCCAGAAACUACAGGAGUCCGAGGGUCUUGUCUCUCAGUUGAGGGAAGCAAGUACAUCCAGCGAGACACUGAAAGACCAGCUCCAGGAUAAGGAGCAGACAUAUGAGAAAGAACUCAAAUCCGUCAAGGAGGAACGGAACAAGCUUCUCGCAGAGGUGGCCAAACACAACGAUGACCUUAAGACCCUGUCCAAACAGCUAGAGAAGCAGACAGAGUGUCAGGAACAGUUGAAAACACAGGUGCAACAUAAACUGGAGACAAUAUCCUCUCUUGAGGAAAAACUCAGGGCCAUCCAGGAAGAGGCCGAAGUCGAGCAACGGAAAUUUAACACGGAACUGCAAGCCAGAGAUUCUGAAAAGGAGAAGUUGGCGAAAGACCUGCAGGUUAAAUUGGAAAAUAUCUCGAAUAUGAAGAAGCUCUUGAAAAACAUGAAGACUGAAAAACAACAACUGCAAGCUGACCUGAAGGAGAAGGCCGAUGAACUUAAGUCUCAAAAGCAGCUUGUAGAUGAGCUUAAUAAAAAAUUUACGGCAGCUCUUGAUCUUAACAGCAGUUUGAACUCUCAAACAAAUGGCUUCAGAGAGGAGAAUCAGAGAUUGCAACAGGAUGUAGCUGGAAAGGAGAAAUCCAUUUCAGAGAUGACAGAUGAAAGGGAUUCUCUGAGAAGCAAAGUCUCUUCCUUCGAAACACAGCAUUCUGAAAACGGCAAACUAAUUGAAGGGCUUCUGAAAGACAAGGAGGAGCUGAUUAUUAGAGCCAAUGAACUGAACAAGGUCCUGGAGCAAAAUAAACAGUCAAUUUCCGAGAGUCUAUUUGAGAAAACAAAUGAAUGUAGUCUUCUAACUAAAACACUUGAGGAAAAGGAGGAGGCGGUUGCACGUUUACAGACACACAUUGACAGUUUGAACACUCAGGUGGAGCAGUUCCACCAAAGCAUGGCUGAAAAAGAGAAGUCUGUCACAGAUCAGAACUCACAAAUAGAGGCACAGCAGAGCCAGCUGUUGCAACUCCAGGAGACAAUGUCUUUACUGCAGGAGCAGGAGACUGCCCUGAAAGCUGGGCUCACUGAGAAAGACACCGUGUUGCAGCAGAAAUCGGAGGAGUGCAGCUCUUUACAGAAUAAACUUGGGCAGCAGAAAAAGCUUCUAUCCAAGCUGCAGGGUGAGACUAAAUCACUUAAAGGGCAAUGCUCACAACUGACUCAGCGUCUGGAAGAAAAAGAAGAGACCUUCAGACAAAUGACACAGGACUGUGAAAACCACAAAGACGAGCUGAACAAGAGGAACGAGUCAUUGAAGUCACUAAGCAGUCAGCUUGGUGUCAUGAACGAGAGCAGUGCGAAGUUGGAGUCUGAAAAUACAGAGCUGAAGACCAUUCUGGAGAACCAUGGAGCAGAAAACAACAAGCUAAGGGAAGAGAUGGAACAGAGGCAAGCUGAGGUGGUUGGCCUCCACAGUCACAUCCAGGCACUGAGUGAGCAAAACCAACAACUCCGAGCUGUUUAUGAGAUCAGAGAGAAGGAACUUGCCCAGCAAAUGCAGGUCGCAUCUGAGCUUGAUAGAAGGGUAAAUGUGACUGUUGAGCAGAACACAAACCUGAGCUCACAACUGAAAAGUAUGACAGAGGAGAAGCAGAAACUGCAACAGGAAUUAGCUGUACAGUCUGAGUCCAUUUCUGAAUUAACAAAGGAGAAGAACUCACUUCAAGAUAAACUUUCCAACUUUGAAAUGCAACAUUCAGAAAACCGCAAAAUUAUUAAAGGGCUAUUGAAAGACAAAAAGGAUCUCAGUGUAGCAGUAGAGGAACUCAACAAGGUCCUAGAGCAAGAUAAACAGACCGUUUCAGAGAGUUUGCUGGAGAAAACAAAUGAAUGUAGUAAUCUCACCAAAUUGCUUAGAGGGAGUGAAGAGGCACUUGCACGUUCACAAGAGCAAGUUGACAGCUUGAACACCCAACUUGAUCAACUGAACAACAACAUGACCGAAAAAGAGAAGGCUAUCAGAAAUCAAAACUCACAAUUACAGGCCCAGCAGAGCGAGUUGUCGCAACUCCAGGAGACAUUGGCUCUAUUAGAGGAGCAGGGGACCGCACUGAAAUCUGAGCUCACGGAGAAAGACACCAUGUUGCAGCAGAAAGCAGAGGAGUGGAGCUCUUUACAGAAUAAACUUAAUCAACUGCAGGGUGAGACUAAAUCACUUGAAGGGCAAUGCUCACAACUGACUCAGCGUUUGGAAGAAAAAGAACAGACCUUCAGACAAAUGACACAGGACUGUGAAAAACACAAAGACGAGCUGAACAAGAAGAACGAGUCAUUGAAGUCACUAAGCAGUCAGCUUGGUGUCAUGAACGAGAGCAGUGCGAAGUUGGAGUCUGAAAAUACAGAGCUGAAGACCAUUCUCGAGAACUACGCAGCAGAUGGCAACAAGCUGAGGCAGCAGAUGGAACAGAGGCAAGCUGAGGUAUUAGAUCUUAGGGACAACAUCCAAGCGUUGAACGAACAGAAUGUCAGACUAAAAGCUGAACUCAAAAACUCUGUCACAGAGGCAUCCAAGACACUUGAAGAGAUUUCAGUUCUCAAAGCAGAGAUCUCUAACAGGGACAGUUAUGUGUCUAAUUUAACAAAGCAACUGACAGCAGCCUGCUCAGACAGGGAUAGCAUAGGUUUGACCUUGCAGCAGAGAGAUGAGUCCCUAAAACAGCAGGAGAUGUUUAUUAAGCAGUUACAAGCUAAGUCAAUAGAGGGUGAGGGUCAGAUGACCCAGGACAUCACUGAGCUGCAGACACAAGCUCAGAGUCUUCAGAAAAGCCUUCAAGACAAAGAUGUAUCGCUGCAUGAGGCAGAGAAACGGCUGAGUCUGCUCAGAAAGAAGUUCACCUUAGAAUCGGAGGAUUUCAAAACCCAGCUGAAUUCAAAUGUGGAAACCAUGAAACAGCUUCAGGGCGAUCUACGUAAUGCGGAGGAACAGAGUAACCAGCUCAGUGGGAGGCUUGAAGAACAAGAGGCACAGCUUAAGCAGAAGGUUGAUGAUUAUGUGAGUUUAAGGACAUAUGUUUCAGAGCUGGAGGAUUCCACCACGCAGCUCAGAGGUCAAGUUGACAGCCUGACCUCUGAGUCCUCCCUGUUAAAAGAGACCCUGAAAGAGAAAGCCCAGGUCAUCCUUGAGGCCCAAAGCACCUCCUCAGCUGUUAGCGAAAGCCUAAAUUCAAAACUCAAAGCCAAAGAUGCAGAAUGUGAGAGCUUAAAAGAGCAGCUUUCGCACCUCAAAGAGUCUGUUUCAAAGCUCAAUAGUAGCCUCAGUGCCCAGUCCUCUGAAAUGUCAAGACUUCAAGAAGCCUUAGACGAAAGAGGGACUGCCGUUAUGGACCAGUCAAAGGCCCUUCAGGAGCUGCAGAGAAGGGCAGAUGAAGCAGCCCUCUUCAAAACCCAGUUCAUGGAGAGCACGGAGUUGGUGUCACAACUGCAGGGUCAGAUUCAGGAACUCUCCACUAAGUCUGCAAGCCUCAGCCAGUCAGCCGAGGAGAACCAAAGUGCCUUUGUAAAUCUUCAGGAGAAGUAUGCUGCUCAUUUAGAGGAGCUCCAGGAAGCUCGGACGAUGCUUUCUCAAAGGGCAGAGGAGAUGUCCAGUCUUAAUAAGGCCCUCAGUAACAGCAACGGGGCAGUUCAGGCAGCAGAAAGCACCAUAGAGGCGCUGAGGAAUGAGUCUUCCUUGCUGCGUCAAGACCUUCAGCAAAUCCAAACACUCAAUGUCGACCUUUCAAAACAAAAGGAAGAUGCCCUUGCUACCCAUCAAAGGAGCACCUCAACAUUCACUGUCGAAAUUGAGAGACUCAAAUCUCAGUAUUUGCAUGUGGCUGCUCAGGUAAAUGCACUGACAGAGAAUCUUGAGCAGAGAGAGUUGUCCCUUCUUGCCAUUAACAGUCAGUACACAGCCCAGGUGAAACAGGCAGAGCACGUAGUGUCAGAAAUGCAGAAACUAGAAGAUCAAAAUAAGAAGUUAAGAGAGGAGAUCGCUCUGUCAAAGCAAGAAAACCAACAGCGGCUGGAUGCAGCAAUCAGUGAAAGAGAAUGUCUGCAACAAGAAGUUCAGAAACUCAUCAUUGAGAGAGAUGAACAUGGCAGGAGCUACAGCAGCCAGAUACAAACAAUGCAGGAGCAGUUGCAUUUCCAAAAGCAGCAGCAGUCUAGCAGCAUCAACGAAGUCAUGGAGAAAAUGGUGGCUGAGAAGGAAAGACUACAGGUUGAGGUUAGUGUCAAAGGUGAAGAAAUCACCGGAUUGAAAUCAGACAUUCAAAAGAUAGGGCAAACUCUUCAGGACUCUGAGAAGGAGUGGCUAUCGGUCCUGGAUAGAGAGAGACAGGAUAAAAAUCUCAUUGCGGAGCAGUUGAAAAGUGUUGAAAAUGUAAUGAAGUCAAAAGAUUUUAAAGUUCAAGCAUUGAAACAAGACCUAGAUAGUUUGCAUGAAAAGUUGGCAGAGGCAACAACAGCAAUUAGACAGGGUUCAGAUCAGCUAAAAGCGAAAGAGGUAGAGGCAUCCGCAUCCAGGGUUCAGAUUGAAAAUAUCUUAGUAUCUGUUCAGGAAAAAGACAAGCAUAAUAUUGAAUUGAGGCAGGCUCUUCAAGAUCUGGAAAGUGAGUUAAGACAACUGGAGGUCAGCAAAGAGUGUUCUGACAAAGAUUUAUCUGUAUUGUCACUAACCAUGUCUGAUAGAUUAGUUGCUUUAGAGGAAGAAAAGGCCUCCCUACAGACUAUGAUCAAACAGUUGAGAGAAAGACAUCAGUGUGAGGUAGAUUCUUUGAGAGGUGAAUUAAAUCAAGUUUCAGAAUUGUUAAAACGGACAGAGUGUACCCUUAAUGAUAAAGAAAUGGGCUAUCAAGGUGAGAAUCAACAGAAUGUUUUAUUGCAAGAAAAGAUACAGCACCUUCUUGCACAGCUCCAAACUGAGACUGAGAUUCGGAGAGAGGCAGGUAUUAAACAGACAGCUCUAGUUAGGGAAAUCCAAACGAAAGAUGAGCAGGUCAGCUGCAUGACCAUCCAAAUAAGUCAGCAGAAGGAAUUGCUAGCAGGUCUCAGUCAACAGUUGAGGGAGAAAGAUGCUUCAGUAGCACAAGUAAUUGAAUCUGCCUCAAACGAAAGGAUGAAAUACGCUGAGGAAAAUAGUAAUUUCCUUUCACAGCUGGAAAGCUUGGAAAAUGCACAAAGUAGCUCUAUGAAACAGCUUGAACAUAUUUCCUUGCAACUAGAAGAGAGCAAAGCUCAUCUGUCACGCUCUCAAAGUGAAAUUGAGACCAAGGAUUCAGAGAAUGGAGAUUUGGUUAAAGAAAAGGAUAAUCUCAAAACUCAGCUCGCUAAGUUAACCAAAGAGAAAGAGGUCAUGAAAAAGAAGCUCCAAGCUGCCCUGGUUGUAAGGAAAGAUCUAUUGAAGAAGCUAGAGGAGCAUGAACAUCAAAUAGAGCAGAAUGUGAAUAAAGGAAUUGAGAUUUCAGGCUUACAGGAUCGGUUACAAGAACUCACUUUACAAGCUCAAGCUACUACAAAAGAGCACGAAGACAUUGUUGCAGAUAUUAAACGGCAAGUUCUUCAGAAAGAGGGUGAACUCCUAGAACUGGCCAAGGUCUUAUCAGUGCGAGACAGUCUUGUAGAACAAUUUGAAAUAAAUAUGCAAACUUUGCAAGCGAAACUAGAUGAACAAGAAGCAAGUUUGACAACAGCAUUGCAUAAUCUCAAUGAAAAGAGCAUCAACAUUGAUCAACUUCAUUCCAACAUGUCAGAGAAAGAGGAGGCCUUUGAACAGGAGAGAAGUGGUAUGAUACUGAAGUUAGAGAAGCUUCAAGAUUAUAUGAAAAUGAGCGAGGAGAGUUGGAAGAAGGAAAUGUCAAUCUCCAGUGCUACAGCUGUUGACAUUGAAAACAAGUUGGCAAAGGUGAAGCAAGAAAAGGUAAUGAUGCAGAAAAAGGCUCAAGCUGCUUUACUGGCACGAAAAGAGACGAUAAAGAAGUCUCAAGAAAGUGAGAAAAAGUACACCCAAGAGCUCUCAGAUUUAAAAGAUUAUUAUAAAGCACUCCUGGAACAACACUGUCAGCAGACCAAUGACCUUAAUGCUGUCCAGUUAAGUUAUGACCAGAAGGUCAAGGAAUUCGAUGAAAUCAGUCAGGCCUCAGUCUCUCAGCUAGGUGAAUUGGAGACCCUGAGACUGCUUGUACAGGAACGGGAUAAAACUCUUCAAGACCUCAACAUGUCCCUAUCAGAGAGGGAGAGUCAAGCCUGUGCCUCCUCAUCAUAUCAAGCAGAGCUAGAAACCCUUCACUUCAAACUGGAAAGCAUGUCCUCUGAGUUGGCAAAUAAGGACAAAGCUCUCAUAGCACUGGAACAGAAGUCCAAAGCAUUAUCUGAGAGAAUGAGCUGCGCAGAAAAUCAACUUGAAAAAGCCCAUGCAGAGAUAAAGGAGAAGAUGGAAGAGCUCGCAAGACAGCAACAAGCAGUAGAGAUGGCCGAGCAGCAGCACCAGCAGGAAAAACAAACUAUGGUAGAUGACCACCUGGUGCUGCAGAACCAGUUGGGCACAUUACAAGCCACAGUGGAGGAGCUAAAACGCGCCUUAGAAGCACUUGUUGGUGAGAAAGAAUCCCAGUCACACACAUUUAUAAGUGAAAGCAAAGAACUAAUAGAGGACAGGGACAGAAUGAAAGGAGAGCUGGAGAAUGCACUCGCCACCAUCGCCCAGCAAUCGUCCGAACUUCAAAUCCUCCAAAACACUUGGGCUGAAACUCAACAGCAACUCAGUGAAGAAAAGGAACAACUAAAAGUGGAGCUUGAAAAAGCACAGUCACAUUGUGUAGAGUUGCAGGCUGAAAUGGAAAGUCAUAAGCUGCACAUGGAAUCACUACAGCAGGAAAAAGAAAGCACCUUCAUGGUCGUAGAACAAUUAAACGAUGAAGUUGCCAUGCUGGAUGCUCAGCUAAAGGAAGCUAGGAAAGGAAAUGAGGUUCUUCUUCAAAAGAUACCUGGUUUGCAGGAUAAAUCCUCUGAACAGAUUGGGGUUAUUGGGAAGGAGGAGGUCCAGUCUCUUAAGAUAUCCCCUGAAGAACAUGAGAUGAGUCUCAAGGAAAGAGAUGAUGCCCUGUUGAUUUCUCAGGCUCUGGCCACAGAAAAGGAAGAGCUUAUUGCUGCCUUGGAACAGCAACUGCAGCGGCAGAUUCACAUUCACGAAGUUGCCAUGGAAAAGAUGAGGACUGAAGUUGAUGAGCUUCAGCAGAGGUCUCGAGAAGAUGCCAGCCAAGCAAAGGAUCAGGACAACCAAACCAAAACAGCACUUCUCACCAGGAAGCUUCAAGCAGCCUUAGUUUCCAGGAAAGAAAUCUUGAAAGAGAAUGGCUCUCUGAAGGAACACUUGCAGAUACUCUCAGCUAAAAAUGAAGAAAUUGGGACUUCAUCCAUUGUACUGGAAAUGUCUGUUGCCAAGUUGAAACUACAAAAAGAGGAUCUGGAGAGUUCUGUAUCAUCCCUGAGCAAGGAGAAAGAGAAGCUCAUUGCUGAGAAUGAUCGCAUCAUCAAUGAUAAUCACAAUUUAUCUGCAGCCUGUGAAAGCCUCAAACUCACUAUAGAAAAUAUCACCCAACAGAAACAGGCAUUUUCGUGUCAGCUUGAGUCCCUGAAAGACUCGCAGACUGAUGAGUUGUCGGAGUGGAAAUCUAAGCACACAGAGCUGAAACAGGAGUAUGAGUCCCUUUUACAAGCUUACGAGAAUGUCAGUAGCGAAAUGGACAAGAUGAGACAACUAUUGGAGGGGGCAAGAAGAGAGAGGCAGGAAGCACUCUUUAAAGCACACAAAUAUGAAUCUGAGAGGGAGAAUCUGGAGAAGCAAGUUGGGGAGAUGGAGGAUGAAAAUGAAAGAAUUAAAGAGAAGAUGAGAAAGUUUACUAAGGCAAAGCAGCAGAAAAUGGAAGAGCUGGAGGAGGAGAAUAAAAGAAUCAGAAUAGACUUGCUUGAGUUUGAUGAUAAGCAGAAAGCCACAGUUGAAGAGUUGACUAUUAAAAACAACCAUUUGGAAGCAGAGAUCCACAGUCUUGUAGAUUCCUCAGAAGCGUUCAGGCGGAAUUUAACAGAGAUGCAGCUCAACAAUGUCAGUCUGGCAGAGGAACUCAAAGAAGCAAGCUCUUCGUUAGAAAAGUGGCACACCGAAUCAAAAGCAUGUGAGCAAAACAUGCAGCUUAGACUAGAUGAUGCACUCGUUUUGAAUAAUUCACUGACUGCCCAGAUUGAGUCACAGAAGACAGAACUUGUUGCCCAACAGGAAAUCAAUGACUUGAUGCAAAAGGAGAAAGAAACUCUCUCUGAAAGAGUUAAACAAAUGCAGAAUGAGCAUGAAGCGGAAUUGGGAGAAAAAGACGAUGCCAUCUCAGAGCUCCAAGAAAUUAUCAGCAGACACAGCCAAGAGACCAUCAGCCUAAAUGAGAAGGUCAAGAUCUUGGAGGACGACAAGUCUAUAUUACAAGAGGAGCUUGAAAAUGUCCAAGAGAUCUCGGACAAAGUAAAAAAUGAGAAUGAGUAUUUGGAGAUGGUGAUCCUCAAAAACUCUGAAAGAAUUGAUGAACUGACAGAGGCGGUCAAUGUUCUCCAAGCCCAGAACACACAGCUCUCCUCUCAAUUGACUGCAAGCAAAGAGAAGGCGACUCAGGUUUGCCAGGAGGAGGAGGAACAACAGCUGAGGUUAGUCAAGGAGUUUGAGGAGAAACUCAAAAUGUUCCAGAGAGGCAACGAGGGCUCCAAAAAUAUAAAGAAGGAGCUACAGGAACUGCUGAAAGAAAAGCAUCAUGAAAUCAAUCAGUUGCAAAAUGACUCCAUCAAAUACCAGGAGCUGAUUUUAGACCUAGAAAGGUCUCUGAAGGCUUCAGAGUCAGCGCAUGAACAGGUGGAGAAAGAGCUGAAGGAAACGACCAAGAGAAUAUCUUGUCUAGAAGAAGAGAGGAGGCAUCUUGAAGCUGAGCUUACCACACACAAGAACCUUCUCAAUGUGGCAAAGAAAGAUUUGACAAACAUUAGCUCUGAAAAAGACAAAUUGGUUGAGUUAGUAUCAGAAAAGAACAAUCAAUCAGAAUGUCAGGUCAUGGAGAGAACUAAAGCACUACAACAUGUAGCUGAGCAGCAAAAGAGUAUUUACAUGGAGAGGGAGGUCAUUUUACAGCAACAUAUAGAGGAACUUCUGGGUUCCAAGGAGAAGGAGAAUCAGGUAGUGUUAGAAUUGAAGAGGAAAAUAGAUUCUCAAGAUUUACAAAUGAAUACUCUGAAGAGAGAGGCUGACACAAAUUUGGCUAAGUUAGCAGCCCUAUCCUCCACUCCUCAGGGUGCCGAUGCUGUAAAACAGUGGAAUGAUAUGUUCCUAAAUACCUUGCAUGAGAAGGACAGCCAGCUUCUAGAACAGGGCUUUGUCAUAACGAGAUUCCUUGAAGACAUUCGAGUGAAAGAGAAGGAGGUGACUGAACUGCAGGUAACCAAGUCGAGGCUCGAGAGGGCACUUGGUGAUUACACAGUAGCUGCCACAGCUCAGCAGAGGCAGUUGUUUAUAAUGGGUGCCAGCAAUAGAGAGCUUAACGAAACCGUGGAGCUCCUGAAUCAACAGUUGCAGGAACUGAGUGAGCAGGUUGAGAGAUUAGAACAGGAUAAGAGUGCACUGAACAGACAUCUCACUGGCAGUGUAGAUUCCACAUCUAAAAUGGAGUUCGAUCUCCAGCAGCUGGAAAAUACACUUUUAGACACAGAGUCCCAGCUACUCCUCUCGCAGUCUCACAGUGACAUGCUUCAGGUUGAUUUUGAGAAACAGAAGGCCAUUUCACUGCACCUGAAGUCACUCCUGCAGAACAAAGAUGCAGAAAUCUCCUCUCUGCUGUCCUCCAGAGAUGGACAGAUGUCAGGGUAUCUAGAACAGCUGCAAGCCAAUCACCGUGCCCAGGUUGAAGGCUACGAGGACAGACUAACUGCCUUGUACUAUGAAAGGGAGAAAGCUGACAAGGAGUUCAGAAGGCUGGAGAGCAAAGUCAAAACCCUUCAGAUGAAAGUUGACAAGUCCAUUCAGGAAAAGGAACAAAUGGCUGCUCAGAUGGAAACAUUCAGGAACUCCAUGGUCUCCUUGCAGACAGAGCGAGAGCGUUUGAUGUCAGAAUAUAGGAUGUCUGAGGCAAGGAAUCAGACUGGAAUGCAAGGCAAGGAGGGCUCAGCUGAAGGAGACCUCAAUGCAACCAAGGGCCUUAAACACGAGAUUAGGACUCUCCUUCAUCAGAUGGAUGAUCUGAACUCGGAGAAUGCCAUGCUCAGGGCGCAGCUGAUCAGAUAUAGAGAGGACUUGAAUCAGGUCUUGUCCUUGAAGGACAGCCAGUUGAAAGAGUUGCUCAAGAAGCAGCAAGACGCCAUCAAAAACCUGGAAAACCAAAAAGUCACAGCUGAAAAGCAGAACCGGAAGACCCUUCUGGAACUCGAGAGGGAGGGAGAGGCAAGCGAUGCCUUAAAAGCUGAGAAUUCCAAACUUCAAACUCGGGUCACUGAUCUGGAAGCUAACAUAUUGGCCCUGAAUAAGGGAAUGCAAGAAACUGAUAAAGGCAAAGUGAUUGCCGACUUGCAGCAGGCCGUGGCAGCCAAAGCUUUGGAAUGUAACGACCUCCAGCAAAAACUGUUUGCUCAGAAAGUGGCAGCGGACGACUGGAAAGGCAGCCUGCAGCUCCUGGAGCGCGAGACUGAGAAGAAACUGGGAGAGGCAGAGGACAAGUACAACAGCGAACUGGAUGCCUUUGAACAAGAAGUCGAACUGAUGAGAAAUGAGAGUAAGACUGCCGACCAGAGGGUGGCUGAGGUGGCCAGGGACCUGAUACAAACAGAGCAGCUGCUGACCAAUGCCAGAGUCCAAAGCACGGACCUGAAGUCUCAGAACGAGUCUCUGGGUAAAGCCAUGGCCGCCUUGCAGAACGACCGCGACCUGCUCAUCGAGGACUUUAAGAUCCUCCGGAACCGAUACGAUGAGGAGCUCCGAGAGACCCAGGGGGCCAUGAACAAGGUGGAGAGACGUCUAGGGGACGCCACCUCAGAACUGGCCACCUUGACCAAAGAGAGACACAUCCUGGUACAGAAACUCUCUGCUCUAGAGAGCAAAGAUGCUCCCUCCCAGCUCACUUCACUGGUAGACGAGCUGUCCGUGGCCUUGUCAGAGAAGGAAGGGCAGCUCCAACGGGUUUCCCUGGAAAAUGACACAUAUAGCAGUAAGGUGUUGGCCUUCUCCAGGUCCAUGGCCAGCCUCCAAGAUGACCGAGACCGGCUGAUGGAGGAGCUGGCUGAGGCAAAGAGGACAUUCGAGUCCAGGCAAGGAUUAGGUCCAGAGGCAGUAGACAUCGCGAACACGGGGGAGUCAAAUAGCCAUAGAAGCAGUGGUAUGCAGGCCCUUCAGACUGGGAGAGAUGGGCUGGAGACGAGACAGAGGGUGGAUGAGCUGCAGAGCGCCUUGCAGCAGGCUCAGGCCUUCAAACUGCAGACUGAAACAGAAGUCAGCGGGUACCAGGCAGAGCUGGCUGAACUGAGGUCUGAGAGGAGCAGGCUGGAGGCUGAGUGCCAGCGUCUGGCUGGGGAGAGGAAGGAGACCAUGGCCCUGGUGGGGAAGGAUGUGUCUGAUGACCCGUCGCUGACCCAGCUCCAGGCAGAGAGAACUCAGCUGCAGAGUCACCUGCAGCGCUGUCUCUAUGAGAUCCAGCAGAGAGAUCUGCACUGCCAGCAGCUCAACGCCAAGCUGCAGCAGGCGGUGGAGGAGAAAGGGGGUUUGUCGGCCCAGCUGAGGGCAGUGUCUCAGACACUGAGGGGCACCCAGAACCGCUGCUAUUGGCUGGAGAACCAGGCUUCGCCUAACCAGCACCACCAGGGCCUUGCACAGCAGGGGGCGGUGUCUGUAGAAGUGGCUCCGGGAGCUCCCCAGGAGAGGAGCAGUGCUGUGGUAGACAUGGAGGCACUGGAGGCCGGCGAGCUCAGGACCAGGCUGGUGGAGGUGGAGCAGAGCGUGGUUCAGCUAAGUGAGAGUCUGGCUGAGGAGAGGACCAGGAGGGAAGCAGCUGAGGAAGCCCUGGGACUGGCCGAGGACAGAGCCAAGAGUGUUGACUCCAGUCCAUCCAGGACGACCCAGAGAGACUUCAGCAUCCAGCUGGAUACAGAAGAGGAGUGGGAGGCCCUCAUCCUCAACCCCAACGAACCCCUGGUCACACGCAAGGUGAAAGGUGGGAUGCUGGCCUGCAGGCGCUGGCUUCGGGGACGGAGCCUGUACUGCUCCAAGCUGCUGACGUCACGGGCCCGCUCGCGCUACCUCUUCCUUGGCUACCUGCUGAUGCUGCACGUGGCUGUCCUCAUGUGCCUCACCGGCGCCCUCUAGUGCCGUGGGGGUGAAAACAAUAGAAAAUUGCAAAUAGAAAUGUAAUGUAUAGAGCAGACUGAGGCCCGUUUCCUCCAUGAAAAAGGUCUGUUCUACGCAUUGUUUUUCUAUGUAGUUCAGUUCACGCUGGGGGUGUUAACAUUGCAGAUAGAAAUGUAAUGUGUAGACCAGACACCAUGGCCCGUUUCCUACACGAUAAAGAAGAAUGUCCCUUCUACUCAAUUAAUUUCUAUGUAGUUCACAAUGUGUUUUUUUCCGGACCGUUCUGCAAAACGUUGCACCUUUCAGAAUAAGCUGCAGGUCUUUGUCUAGUAUGCAGAGUUUUCCUAAGAGUGAGGGCUUUUGGGGUGCGUCUCAAGUCUUACUUUGCUUCCUCACCUCGUCUCCUUCCCUUGGUUCUCACUGAUCUGAAAAGGAAAUGGACAGCUGAAAGUGGAUCGUACCUUGUUGUUUUCAACCAUCCUUUUCCUGUCAGAUCAGUGCAGAUGAAGGGAAGGAGGCAAGGGGAAGAAUACAGUUUUAAACUAUUAAGACGCACCCUUUGGAGUGUCUCAGGAGAAUGUGCCGUUUGGAUCCUGUCUGUUAUGGGUUAAAACCUGAGAGGGCACAGAAAGAUCCUGUCUGUUAUGUGUUAAAGCCUGAGAGGGCACAGAAAGAUCCUGUCUGUUAUGGGUUAAAACCUGAGAGGGCACAGAAAGAUCCUGUCUGUUAUGGGUUAAAGCCUGAGAGGG